AUGACGACCUCUGCGAAAAGCAACUUCAUGCCUGCGAGCUUGGUCUCCAAUCUUCAACAAGUACUCGCCCUAAAAAACGACGGCGUCCAGCAGCAACGGUCCUCCAACGCCUCUGAACUAAACAAAGUGUCCUCAUCAUGCUGCUCGAGCAGCGAGGAAGCCAUUCAAGGCAAGGAGUGCGUAAAGCCGGUGGUUUUGGUCACAAAUGGGGAGGGAAUCGAGUCUCCUGGUCUCACAUUUCUCGUCCAAGCUCUCGCUCUCGAUGAUCGCCUUGACGUCUACGUCUGCGCUCCUCAAUUAGAUAGAUCAGUCGCCGGUCACUCUGUAACUGUUCGUGAGACAAUUUCUGUGUCUUCUUCUCAAAUCAACGGCGCCACCGCUUUUGAAGUCUCCGGAACGCCAGCAGAUUGUGUGUCUUUAGCAUUAUCAGGGGCAUUGUUCGCGUGGUCAAAACCUGCUUUGGUCGUCAGUGGAAUAAACAGAGGAUCAAGCUCUGGAAAUAACACGUUCUACUCCGGUGCUGUGGCUGGAGCUAGAGAGGCAUUAAUAUGUGGUGUAUCAUCUCUGUGCAUAUCAUUGAAUUGGAAGAAAGAUGUAAGCUGUGAAAGUGAUAUGAAGGAUGCAGUGGGUGUGUCCUUGCCAUUAAUAUAUGCAGCUGUAAAAAGCAUCCAGGAGGGAGUUUUCCCCAAAAGUUGCUUACUGAACAUUGAGAUUCCUAGUUCUCCUUUGACAAAUAAGGGCUUCAAAGUGACCAGGCAGAGCCUGUGGAGAUCCUCCUUGAGCUGGAAAGCUGUGUCCACCAAUAAACGCCCUUCUGCUCCCCAUUUCAUGUCCAAUCAGCAAAGCCUUGGCAUUCAGCUAGCACAGCUCAGCCGAGAUGCUUCUGCAGCUGGCGCAGCACGCCGCUUGAACUCUCAGAAGCAGAAUGUGGAGAUUGAAUCUGUUGGAGCUGCCAGAAAAAGCAACUCGGAAAAAACAGUAAAAUGCUUUCGUUUAGAGUUCUUAGAGGAGGAGCAGGAAAAUGUAGAUGAAGAUCUGGACAUCAGAGCACUUGAAGAUGGAUUUGUUGCAAUUACUCCUAUUUCGAUAUCUCCUCCAACCAUUGGAUCAGAAAUUCAAGCCUCAGUGUCGAAUUGGAUUGCCGUAGCAAGAGGAGUCUAUGGUGAGCAAACUGUUGAGGCAAAAUGGCCUGGCAAGCCUCGGUUUCCUGUUAUUAAUGGUGGAAAAUAUUGUGAUGCAACUUUGGAAUGA